AUGUCUGGAUCUUCCUCGCAGCUGGUCCGCAGCUGGAACUCGCUGGCGCGAAUUGUCGCGAGCGCGUACCAGGUACCAGAUGGCGUGAACGGGACUACCAAUGCCCACGCGACGGCGCGCUUGUUCGGGCAGAAGCAGCCACGGGUGGUGCUGUUUCGCGACAACCACGCCUGGUGUCCCUACUGCCAAAAGGUGUGGCUGUGGCUCGAGGAGAAGCGAGUGCCCUACGAAGUGCGAAAAGUUACCAUGUUCUGCUACGGUGCGAAAGAGCCGUGGUAUAAAAAAAUCGUUCCUUCUGGGAUGCUUCCGGCCCUCGCGUUUGUCGACGUUUCUGACGCGAAGAAGAUCACGCAUCUUGUCACUGACUCGGAUGACGUGCUACAGGAACUGGAAGAGGAAUUCGGGGCGCUGAAUAAUGCGAGCCUCACUAGUCCGGCAAUUAUCGCCUGUCGGAAGCUCGAGCGUAUGCUGUUUCGCGCCUGGUGCGACUGGCUGUGUAAUCCGUACGCCCCGGAUCGGGAAGCGAGGCAGAACUUUCAAGGUGUUUGUGGAAAGGUCGAAGCGCACAUGGCAAAGAGCAACGGUCCCUACUUCGCAGGCGAUAGCUUCACCGUCGCGGACUGUGUGAUCGCACCAUUUUUGGAGCGGAUGUGCGCGAGCCUGUAUUACUACAAGGGCUUUCAGCUGCGGAAAGAGCAUCCGAUUUUGGACAAGUGGUGCUCUGCGAUGGAGACGCGAGAGGUGUACCGCGGAACGAAAUCGGAUUUCCACACGCACGUCCACGAUCUGCCGCCGCAAUUAGGGGGUUGUCAUCCGAACGCAAAUGCGAAAAUCCACCCGGUGAAUGGUGCCGCGAGCGACGCGGACGCUAUCCCGGAGGGCGUUGAGGUGAGGUCGGACUGCUUCCCCGAGCCUGCUGACGUGCGACUGGAAAUUCUGUACCGCGUCCUGCGGCACCGAGAAAAGGUAGCUGGUGCGAAUCCUUAUGGAAAGUCGGAAGCGUUUGAUCUUGCCAUGCGGGCCGUCUUGUCCAGGCUGGUAGAAGAGCACGCAGCGCGGGAACCGUGCCAACAGGUACAAAGAGUUGUGAUUGGUCUUCCGUUUUUAUUGUCCCAAGUUUAAAUUCACGAACUGUAGCAUGAUGAGUCCCUUUUGUUACAAGUCUUCGAAGUUCGCUGAUCAACUUUGAUGACUAACACAAAGAAAUUGCGCAUGGGUUCUGACACAUCAAAAGUGUCGUUUUUCCUGAUCUCAGUACAAAUUAUACGCCAGCGCUUGAAAGGAUGAGACAAAUUGUUUCUGGUCUUCAAAGUUCACUGACUUCUGAUGACCAAAACAUACAAACCUUCCCUCUGAAAGAGCUGGCAAAUGUCGAUGACACUCUCAGCAGUGUAAACUAGGUUUCCGCACUGCCCUCCUCUGAUGAAAAUAGUUGUUUUUGGUCUUCAAAGUUCUCUGAUGUUUCUCUGAUGACCAAAACACAUAAACCUUCCCUCUGAUGACUUUGAAUGACGGUCCGACAAGCUGAUGUGCUAGAAUCUGGUUCAAGAACGAAAUGCAAAUGUUUUAGGAAGAGACCUCAACUUCAAAAAUCACAGAUCGUGGACCUGAUCAGGGAGCGAGAUCCUGAAGCGGUCCAAAUUGAUCGUCUUCCUCCGAACAGCGCACGGGCCUUGCGCUACGUGCGGGAUCGCGUCUCCAUCCCCCGCGACAUGUCUUUCUGGGCCGGACGCAAGUUUCGGCACGCGCUGGAACAAGUGGCAAGGGAUCUAGGAAACCCGGAAGAAACUUGUGAACACCCGAUUCCGGUCGAGCACCGCCGGGAUACGGACCCGAAACGAUUCCGCGUCUCCGUAAGUGUGAUGUGACUGGCGGAGUAGUUGCAAUUUCCAGGUAAGAGUAAUAGCCUUGCAAAUCGGAGCUUCUGAACUGCUGGAAAAGCGAAAAAACCAAGAUUUGUGUGCAGAAAAAGUGAAGUUUACUACCAAGUAACGUGUACACCUCAAAUGGGUGGCAUCAAAUGAAUCGAACAGCCAUGAUUCGCUGUGCGAUAGUUCACAUGCGAAAUACAUGUUAAAACAGAAAGGUUUUUGACUUCUCGAGCAUCGACUACAUAU